CGUUCACUCGUUCACUCACUUCGAUAACGGCCAUUAUUGUUUUGAUUUGAUUUACUAUAUUUGUCGCGUUGUUUGAAUUUGUUUUAUCCUUAAUUCUUAUUUUAGGUAUUAAGUUUUCUUCAAAUGGCUAAAUUUCGAAUAGAACCUUCUUGGCAACGAGAAGUAAAUGUUAAUAAAAACCAUGCUUCUGGGGACCCAUUGGCCAUUAUUUAUAAUGAAAGUCAAUGGAAAUUGAAUAAAGUAUCGCCAUUAUAUAAUUUACAAUAUACAGCUCUGAAACUCAAACAGUAUGCGGCAAAAAUAAGGCAAUCAUUGGUUGGUGCAGUUACAGCCAAUUCAUCGAUAAAAUACACAGUACAUUUUGAAGAGCAGCCGCUUUUAAAAUAUUCCACUGAAGACUCCAAUGGUUUGAUGAUUACUGUAUCAUCAGCCCAAGAGACCAGUACAAAAUCCAAAGUUGCAUACACUGCUAUUCUUCUAUCCUGGGGAGUUAGCUGUACUCUCAAUGGAGCUACUCACCUGCCCUAUUUACUAGAAAAGGGAGAGCAAAGAGUGGGCACUGCAGUAAAGUCUACUUUACGAUCUAUUUUUGACUGUAACAUUCAGCCCUUCAUAUUCACACAGCAUCAACUGUUACAAUUUGGCUUCAAUUUUGUGGAGAAUGACACCUCACGCAGCUCUGACCCAUUUACACUCUCCUACAAGACUCCACAAGUAGAACAAAAGGAUAAACUGAACUUAACUUUUGAUGUGGGAGAUGUUCAUAUAAUAUGGAAUGGUAUUAGAGAAGAAUCAGCAAAGAGAUCAGAACUGGUAAACCUUGCUUACCAGAUCCUACAAAAUCAAAUUUUCUACAUGAUAAUGCUGGAUGUGACAGUUUUUGAUCUUUCUGGAAUAACACUGCCCAAGGCAGAAGUUAAAACCAGUGGCAUUGUAAAGAUGAAAACACCAGAAGUUGUGAACAGUGUAUUCAUGGUUUUAAAUGAAAUAAAUAAUAAUAAAGAUGUUAAUAGAGAAGUAAGCAAUGUUUCAACAUAAAUAUAGUGAAGUUAAUAA